UAUAGUUUUUACAGCUCACUUUUUAGGAUCUCAUUUUAGAUCUCCUUCAGGCUCUGUGCGAUGUUCUACUUAUCUUUUUUCUCUGAUAGCUGCUUGCACACUUUCAAAAAACUCCUUAAAAAGGUGUGCAGCACUUGAGUUUAUAUAUAUAUGUAUGUAUCGUUUCAAUAUGGGACCUAAUGGGGACUGACUCACUUUUGCAGCCAGCCUCAAGUGGACACUCAGGGAACUGCACUUUUUGUUUUUUUCCUUCUGUGUUUUCUUUAUUUUUGAACAUAAUAGGUCCUCUGUCUGCAGGUUAUUUGGACGCCCACGCUCUGGCUCUGGACUUCCUGUCUCUUGGCUUCAGGGAGUGUAUGACAGAGGUUUCCCGCUACCUGAGCGCCGUGGAGGGCCUGGACUCUGGCGACCCGCUACGCUCCCGCCUCCUCUCCCACCUCUCAUCCUGCGUCUCGCAACGAGAAGCCGCCGCCCUCACCAUGACCUCAUCACACCCCCACCUCCAGCAGCCGCCUCACCCUUUCCCUCACCCCUUCCACCACCACCACCACCACUGGGCCGCUGCAGUCGCAACUGCGGCUGCGUUUCGACCUGCCGCCGCCGCGCCGUACGGACUGAGCGGGCUCUCUGUUUCUCCUGAUGCUGGAGGAGGCGGAGCUCCCCUAUCACAGCGCUGCGUAGCCUCCUAUGCAGACUCCACCUCCUCCUCCCCUCCUCCUCGUCUCUGAUGCUGCCCUGCGCCCCCGGCUCCUCUCUCGGCCUCCCUCCUCUCUCUCUCUGCGUCCUUCCCCAUCGCCCUCCACUCAGCUUUCCCCCUUCUCCCCGCCUGCUCUUUCACCUCCUCCGCCACCGCCAGUCCUCCCAUCUCCUCCUCCUCCUCCUCCUCCUCCUCCUCCUCCUCACACACUCCUCUCAGCAGCGGUAAACCGUACAGGCCGUGGGGAACUGAGGUCGGAGCUUUCUGACACACACUAACUCCUGACAUUUUGACAAACUGACACCUUUAACAGCCUGGAAACACGUAAACCAGCACUGAACACGUUUCUUAUAAACACUUUUUGAUCUGGUAACGAGUUAACGUUUGAGCUGCUUGUGACUGUGACAGAUUUACAAUGUACUUCAUCCACUCAACUUUUAACAUCUUUAUCAUUAAACCUCCUGAAAGACUAAAAAUCAGAAUACCUGCUGAAGAGAUUUCUGUUUGUUUUGCACCCCAAACUUUUCCAUGUUGCUGCUCCUCCUAACCCUGAUAGGAACUUUAGAAGGAAGGAGCCACACAACAGUUUCAGUCUUUGUCUUGGAUCUUAUGUGCAACCACAACACAUAGAAUUUUCUACUUUUAAACAGAGGGAAGUCUGACGGCUCUUGCUGCCACCGCGUCCCGACCUCGGAUAAGUGGAAGAAAAAGAAUGGAUGGAUUUCACUGUGCAGCACUUUUAAAAACAAGGGUCAACAAAGUGCUCUAACACAUGAAGAUGCAAACAUAUGAACAAUGAAUAAGAACACAAACAAUAUCUGUAACCUAGGCAACAUGCACCCCUGAAAAUAUCCUGAUCAUUUCAGGAGGGCUGCUCCUCACUUCAACAUGUUUCCUUAAAGGUCACAUAUCCUCCUCCUCCUCUUCAGUGUAAAUAAGUCUCAGAG